AUGGAUCUACGGCGUAUUGCAUGCUUUCUACUGCUCCUACUGUCGGCAGUUGUUGCGAAAAAGUCAAAACAAAAGAACCGAUAUAGGAAAAAAAUGAUAAAUUACCCGCCGAAGACGCCAUUUUGGGUCACCGACUUCUUCGUCAGAGGUUGCAAAGUUUUCCUGGAAUCGUGCCCUUCUGUUUACAAAAAACAGCCAAUCUGCGCGCAAAAUUACAAUGGAGAAUUCAAAAACUUUGCAAAUUAUUGCGAAAUGCAGUACGAGAACUGUAACACAUGGCUAAAUUGGCACGUGUUCAGGCGAGAAAGAUGUUGA